AUGAUCAGCAACUCGUUACUUCUGUCUAACGCACGCCUCCCUCUCACUGCCUUUCGGCUUUCACAGACCUUCUUCCCCAAAUUGAAAAACUCAUCUAUCGUCUCCCCUAAUUUGCAAUCCCUAUCUAACCCUGCUACCAUGGGUGAGCCCCCACUGUACCCGCAAAUUGAACCAACUACCUUCGAUCUGAUUGCCAUAGGCACUGGUUUAGCAGAAUGCAUUGUUGCUGCUGCAGCUUCUGCUUCUGGAAAAACUGUUCUCCACCUUGACACUAACCCAUUCUAUGGGUCCCAUUACUCCUCUCUCUCCAUCCCUGAACUCACAUCGUUCCUCAAUUCCAAUUCCACACCUCCUCCCCCCCACCAUCCUCCACUACAACCGCAACUGACAGCCUUGAUUACUUGA